AUGAGUGAACCAAUGAGUGAAUCAAUGCCUUCGCCGUCGAGUGAAUGGAGCGACGAAUCGGUGGAAAAGCAGUUCUCGACUGUAUUUGAGACUCACAUCUUCGCGUUGGAUGAGUCGAUCUCAUCCCAUUCCAGACGUGAGUCAAGUGAUCGACGAAAAGACACGAAGAGUGCAAACAUUGAGACGAAGACUGACUUUAAUUCAAAGUAUUGUUCAAAACGCGAACCAAAGGAACAGAAAACUACUCAACGCUUCCAAAGCGAGUCACGAAUGACUCACGACUUGACCUUUGGAUCAGUUUUGGGUGACUAUUGUCUGGCGUUGAGUCCAAUGGAGGCGUCGGUCGAGUCGUCGGUUGUGUUGAAACGCAAACUCGACUCACAGUUGAGUUCACGCGAAGACAGAAGUCAUGAAACCAUUGAUGAGUCGAUCAAAGAGUGCGUCGAAGACAUGAUGUCAGCCAUCGUUGGGACCAAAUUGGGUGACAAUUCACUGAUGGAUGACAUGAGCGAUGAGUUUUGGGACGAUUUGGACAUCACUUCAGGCGAUACUGACGUUAAGAGCGCUUCUGUCGAAGAGUUGACCACAACUUCAGCCGAAAGUGAAUUGUCUUUCAAACAGAGGUUUGAGUUAUUGUUGACUCAAAUGAGUGCUAAACGAGAGGAACAGACAAUCGAUGUCUCAGAUAUGGCCGCAAAACUGAUGUCACACUUGGAUUCAAUCAAUGAUGCCAUUAUUGGACUCAACGAACGCUUCACUCAAUCAUUUGAUCCAAAGAUUUAAUACUAAAAGUGUUUUAAUUGUUAUUUAAUGUGUUUUUUGUAUGAUUUAUAAAUAGUUUUAGUAUUUCUAUAAAAAGUCAUAAUUUGUGUCAAAACUUGUAUUCAUUAACGAAAUAAAAUGUUUUAAUUAA